AUGUCAUCAUCAGCAAGGACGAUGCUGAUGCGCGUCUCGCAGUCAUUGCGAGCGUCCGCAUCUGCAGCUGGCGUACCAGCUCGCACUUUUUCAUCAUCCUCCCGUGCCUCUCAAGCACCCAUCUCUCAACCGACCAAGCCCGCGUCGCAAUCGCAGCCAUCGCUAGCCGCCACACCCAAAACGCAGCUCGAGCAGAUCAAACAGUAUCCCGCGCAUCCUCUGCUCCAAUUUUUCCGCACAAAACCGUACGAGAUCAGCGACCUGGCGCUAGGAGGUACGGCCGCGUACGAGCAGGAGAGCAAGGACUCGGUCUCCCCAUCCAAGUUCUACGUAAGGCUGCCACAUGCAGUCUCGCAGGCGGACCUGGGUAGGGAUGCGAACAGCAGGUCAUGGUUGGCGAGCGAGUUGCGUCUGAAAAGCUCCAAGGAUCUGCACAUCUUGUGGUACGUGCUCUUGAUGGAGAGGAACAGGCUGGCGACGGCGUGGGAGGAACUGAACCGUGUAGGUGCAAGACAGGCCGCCAGGAUGUGGUCGCAGAACUUGGGUCGAAAGAACCACCGAGUGCGAAAAUCUAUGGCACGCAUCAAGUUUGUUCUCAACGAACGUCGUCUCGCGCUGAUCGAGGCGCAGAAGCAAGUGCGAGAGGGAGUGCCUGCUGCUGAACCCGACCUCAACGGCAACCUCUUCGAAGACGUAGAUGCCCAACCCCCCACAGAGCCUCCUUCCAGCACAACAGCCUCGGCUCAGCCGCAAGCAUGA